AUGUCAAAAACUGAUGCACAAUUUGUUUCAACAACUAAAGAAGUGAUUUCUGAAUUUCAACAAGCAUCAAUAAAUAUAAAUACUGACAAAUCUAAGAAUAUAUGGAUGUCUUUGUUUAUAAAAUUUUGUGAAUUACGUAACUAUUCAAAUGAAAUUGUUGAACUGGAUAAUAAAACAUUAUCAGAUCAGUUGGGGCAGUUUAUUGUUGAAGUAAGAAAAUCGAACGGAAUAUCUGAUAUGUUUGAAGAAAUACGAAUUGUAAACUUGUUUGAUAAAUAUCAAUUUAAAAGUUUACAUAGAACACUAGAUGGUCGCAUGAAAUCACUUGCUAAUGAUGGUAAUAAAAAUCAUAAACAAUCUAGUCUACUAGAAAUUGAUGAAAUUAAAGAUGAAGACGCAAAAAGAUCUUGGCUUAAUGAACUAGAUGAUGGUGGUAUGUUGCUUGAACUGCCUAAAGAAAAAAACCAUGCAGGAGGAAUUAAAGAUCCAUAUGCAGAAUCUGGAAGUAGUUUAAUACCAUCUGAUAUCUCAGAAAAUAUUUAUACUCCAGUUGCUGAUAUUCGAAAAUAUUUAUCUAAACGUCCAAACAAUGUUGUUGAUGAUUAUUUCUUCGUUUCAAUAAAUACUUCUAAGAAAGUAUAUCAUGGUGAUUGGUAUUUAACAUCAAAAUUAGGAAAAGGAUUGCAUAAUACUAUGAUGCAUAAUAUUUGUAAAGAUGCUAAGCUGGAUUUUAAAGGCCGUUCUAUUACUAAUCAUUCUAUGCGAUCUAUGGGUAUUCAUAAUCUUGUAGAAUUGGGUAUUACAUUAGAUGAACAAAUGAUCUUUUCUCGACAUAAAACUAUUGCAGGAGUUUCAGCUUAUCAGCAUCAAUCAUUAAAACGUAAACGAGAUAAUGUUUCUCUUUUAAUUCCAAUUGAUUCUACUUCUAAUUAUAUUAAUAAAGGAUUUUCCAAAACAUCUGAUUUACUUUUCAGUAAAUUUAAUGAAAUCGAUUCUGAAGCCAAUAUCGAUUCUGGUGUAAGAUAUAAAAAAGUGAAGAUUCCCAAUAUUACGAUUGAAAAUUGCA